UAGAUUGAAGCUGUGGCUAAACUCAAAAACUUCCUGGAGCCUGGGAGGCGUAGAGACUGAAAAAAAAAAAUCCCCGACACAGACGCAUAAAGUGACAUUCAUCAAAACAAAACUGAAAUAUCACCAAUAAUGGACAGCUAGAAGUCCUUCAUUUAAGUAGACACGGAACAGGACACGGAAGUGUCGGUACAACUGAUGAGAUCAAAGCGACCCAAACUGUUUGGUUAAGUAUAAAGAAACAACGUGGAGGAGGAUGUGGUUGUGCUGACAGUCCGGAGUUCGUAUUGGCAGAAAUCUCGGCGACCAGUCACUCUCUCUAUUGGAUCAGGAAUGUAGUGACCAGAAUCCCCGGCCUGGGCUGUGUCCGUUGUCGCUGAGUGACUCUGCAGAGGCCAUGAGAGUGCGCUGGUCGCGGAAGGUAGCCCUGCUGGCGAAGACCUCCCUCUUCCUCUCCGUCAUGUGGGUGGCCUACCUCCUCCUGGAGCGUUCGGCCUCCUCCUUCCAGGGCUCUGGGGCGGAGGGUGCCGGGAGGAAUCUGCUGGAGAGGCACUUCUCCAGCCAGGGGGAGAGCAGGGAGCAGCUCUCUCAGCCCGUCUACAAGAAGCCCCCUCCCGACCCCAGUGCCCCAGGGGAGUGGGGCAAAGCCGCUCACCUGGAGCUGAGCCCUGAGAAGAAGAAGCAGGAAGAGGACAGCAUUGAGAGAUACGCCAUCAACAUCUAUGUGAGUGACAAGAUCUCACUGCACCGCCACAUCAUGGACAACAGGAUGUAUGAGUGUAGAGCAAAAAUGUUUGAGUAUCGGAAGCUGCCCACAACAUCGGUGAUCAUAGCAUUCUACAACGAGGCCUGGUCCACACUGCUGAGAACCAUUCACAGCGUACUGGAAACCACCCCUGCCAUCCUGCUGAAGGAGAUCAUACUGGUGGACGACUUCAGUGACCGAGUCUAUCUGAAGUCCCAGCUGGAAGAGUACAUCAGCAAUCUGGAGAGGGUUCGGCUCAUCAGGACCAAUAAACGGGAGGGGCUUGUGCGUGCGAGGCUCAUCGGCGCCACCUAUGCCACGGGAGAUGUACUCACCUUCCUGGACUGUCACUGCGAGUGCAUUCCUGGCUGGAUUGAGCCGCUCCUGGAGAGAAUUGGAGAAAACGAGACCGCUAUUGUGUGCCCUGUAAUAGACACCAUUGACUGGAAUACGUUUGAGUUUUACAUGCAGACAGAUGAGCCCAUGAUUGGUGGCUUUGACUGGAGGCUGACCUUUCAGUGGCACUCUGUACCUGAAGAGGAUCGCAGCAAACGGAAAUCUAGAAUCGACCCAAUCAGGUCACCAACAAUGGCAGGAGGCUUAUUUGCUGUGAGCAAGGCUUACUUUGAAUAUCUUGGCACUUAUGAUAUGGGGAUGGAGGUCUGGGGAGGAGAGAAUCUGGAGCUGUCUUUUAGGGUUUGGCAGUGUGGAGGAUCACUGGAGAUCCACCCUUGUUCUCAUGUAGGCCAUGUCUUUCCAAAGAAAGCACCUUAUGCCCGACCCAACUUCCUCCAGAACACCGUACGAGCAGCUGAGGUUUGGAUGGACACGUACAAACAACACUUUUACAACAGAAACCCUCCUGCUCGAAAGGAAAAAUAUGGUGAUAUUUCUGAAAGGAAACUCCUUAGGGAGAGACUGAAGUGCAAUAGUUUUGACUGGUAUCUGAAAAAUGUUUAUCCAGAUCUUCAUGUUCCAGAGGAUAGGCCUGGCUGGCAAGGAGCAGUCCGUAGCUCUGGGAUUCACUCAGAGUGCUUGGAUUACAAUGCCCCAGAGCAUAACCCUACAGGGGCGCACUUAUCUUUGUUUGGUUGCCAUGGACAGGGGGGAAACCAGUACUUUGAAUAUACUUCAAAGAAGGAAAUCCGAUUUAACUCUGUAACAGAGAUAUGUGCAGAGGUACCAGAGGGGCAAGACUAUAUCGGAAUGAGAUAUUGUCCACGAGAUGGAACACCGGUGCCUAAGAGCAUUAUCUGGGAGUUCAGAGAAGAUGGAACAGUCUAUCACCCCCACUCCAAUACGUGUAUUACCUCCUACCGCAAUGCAGAGGGACGAACAAGCGUGCAAAUGAGAAAUUGCAACCCUGCUGACAAAAAUCAGAUAUGGAAGUUUGAGUAAAAGGGAUUGAAGACGAGACCAGCACCCAAGUGCAAUUAUCAUGGUGGACUGUCACUGAGACUUUUCAAAGGAGGAAGCCAGAAAGAUAAUCUGCAUUCACUAAAAAAAAGACAACUAUCAUGCCUUUAAGACAUUUUCCUCAACUGAGAAUGACAUCUGCAUUCACCUUAGUGCCUGUGCUAGUUAAACAGAAAAUAGUGCGGAGUGUGUUUUUCAAAGAUUUACAGGUAAGAUUGAAGGUUUAGACAGUCCACCACCAUCACUAACACAGCAGGACUGGAGUUAGAAGAUAACUACUGCCCAGCCAGUGGAAAUGCUGAUGUGAAAGAAAAGAAAAUAUAUAAAGAAGAUUGCACUAAUAUGUCAGGAAUUGGAGAUGUAGAUAUCACGGUGCUUCGUUGUAGCUGUUUUUUUUAUUCCAGAAAGGCAGAAUUAAUUUUAUUAUGCACCCUUAAUGGAAAAAAAUGCCACAGUUUGUUAAAAAAAUAAUUUGUUCAGGGAUUAAAUACAGUAAAUACGUAGGUGCUUUGUGAUUUCCUCUUUCCAGUACAUACAGUACACUUGAAAACUAAAUGCCAUAAAGAAAGGUUAAUUUAGGAGUUUGAGAUUUGACCAGUACAAGGUGGUACUUGGACUUUUUCACCUUGAAACUGCUGUAUUCAUCCUUUUGUGAAGUUGGUUUGAAUCCAGAGGUGAACUGAUAUGACUUAAUCCUGUAAUCCUCCUAAUUUAAAAGGUCAUGUGAAAGACAUUGCAUUGCAAAUAUCUCUCAUACCACCAAUAUGUCUUACGUGCUGAAGAUGUGGCAUUUUCAGAAAUGAAGUACAAUUUUUUAAGGUUGCUUUCAUUAAACAAACUUGUGGUAAGCCUGAACACAGUAAGCUAUGAAUAGCCGAGUAAAACCAGCCUUUUUAAUACUGUUAUUCUGCAUAGUACAGGGUUUUUCUGCAUUAACACAUAGUUGCCAAAAGUAUUCCUCAUACUACCAAAGUGCCAUUAAGUCAGAGCUAUUUUUCUGUUGCUAUAUAUGCAUUUAAAAAGCUAGGAAGUGUUACAUAGUUCUAAAGAUUUUAACAAUAACAUUCUGUUCAGAAUGUGUGACCAGAAAGUGUGUACAGGAAUUGCCUUAAAAAAUCUAAAUUAAAAUUUCAAUAUUAUGCGCAGAAUAAAAAAUUAGGCAACAGAAAAAUUGUAGAAACAGUUUUUGGGUACACAUUUGAUUAUAGUCAAAAUCACCUUACAGUUAUGUAAUGCGAUUCAAAUUCCUUUAUAUUCUUAUUUGCAUAAAGUUGCUAAGCUUCAGAGUUUUGGUCUGUAGACUACAAUCUGAUUCUUUCUUGUGUAUAUACAGUUUUUUUUCUUCACCUUUUCAUCAAAGUACAUAUCAAGGUAAGAUAUAUACUGUAUACUGUAUAUACGUUUGUGUGUACAGGAUAUUGGACAUUUUUUUUAAAUUACAUAAAUA